GCAGGAGGAAGAGGAGGAGUUGCGUACAGCCCUUAUUACUACCGUGCCUCAGUCCUGCCCUCGACAGCCGAGUCGCUCCGACCUCCAAAUCACAUCUAGAGCUCCCGAACAGGCGGAAUUAACCUCAAAAGACUAAAAAAAAGAAACUAUCAACAAAAAAAACCAAAAAAAAAAACCAAGACAUCCACGGGGGAAAAGUUUGAGAACAAAGGAUAUUUACUGGAAUACAACAAAUCUAAACGCGCCGCUAAUUUUCAUUUUGUUGGAAUAUUUGACACCAUGAGGAUUUUCCCCGUUGUGCUCCUGCUUGUUCACAGCUUGGUUGUGUCCAGACUGGCCAGUGGGGCUGCAGUCGAUCGGCAUGAGGGCGACAGGCAGCGGCACACGUCUGUCUUCAACCUCUUAGACACAACCAGGGACCGGAGGGCUGAGGAGGAGCGCACAGGUGCCACAAUAGUGCAGCAUGGCCAGGAAGGCAAGGAAGAGGAGGAGGAUGAUGGAUAUUAUUACGAUGAUGAGUCUGAAGACGAAAUGUCUGGAGACUAUGACAUGGAUCUGCCACGAGUCGCCAUGUCAAGCAAACCCAAAGACCCAUCAUCCCUCCCGGAGCCCCGAAACACAGAAGAAACUCAAAGAAGAGGAAAGGGAAUAAAGAAAGGGAAAGGCAAGGGAAAGAAGAGGAAUCCAUGUCUGAAAAAGUACAAGGACUUUUGCAUUCAUGGCACCUGCCUGUACCUGAGGGAACUCCGUGCCCCAUCUUGUGUCUGCCAUCCAGAUUACUCUGGCGAAAGGUGCCAGUUAUUUACGCUGCCUGUCCAUACCCCGGAGGGCUACAGCAGGACCACGGCUUUAGCAGUGAUAGCUGUGGUGCUUUCAUCCGUUUGCCUCACCAUCAUCGGCCUCUUAUUAAUGCUAAGGUUUCACAAGCGUGGAGCGUAUGAUGUAGAGAGCGAGGAGAAGGUGAAGUUGGGGCUGGCGUCCAACAACUGAAACCACAAACAGAGGCAUAAAUGCAGAAAUUCUACCUCAAACUGGAAAAACAGAAGCGUACUGCAACGGGAGGUCCAGGAGGAAACAUGAACGUAUGCGGAGAUGGGAGCUGAGCGCGCUCAGAUGGAUGUUCGAUAUCUGGUCAGCUGUGGCCGACCGGAUCGGUAUCCCCUCAGGCGUCCACUAGAGUAGGGGGCAUCUUCCAGGAAGCGAAAUACAGAACGGCUUAGAAGAUGGACUGAAGAUGGGAUCGGCAGGAAGAAAA